GUUGAAUGAUUCAAGCAAAUGCAUACAGAGUUCACAUGUCUCCUCUGUGUCCCUGUCUGACAUAGCAGCAGCUAGAGAAGGGUCCAUGUGUGAAGAUAUGAUCAUAAAGAUAAUAGAGGCCAGCCAGGUCAGUGAUGAAGUGCAGAUGUGCUACACAGGGGACACGAUGACCCUGGAGAAGGCAUUUCAGUGUGGUUUAAUUCCUGCUUCUGUCUAUGUAAACAUUCUUCAGAGGAAAAAGUCUCACCAGGAUAUGAUAAAUCCUAGCACUGCAGAAAGUCUGUCUUUUUUAGAGCCUGAAGAGGAGGGUGAAGCUUGUGAGGCUAAUAAACUGAUAUUCAAGGGCCUCAGCAGAAAGAGAUCAGAGACAUCAGAGAGGAAUAUUAACAGUGUGACUUCGGGUGGUUUUAGUAAUCAGGAGAUUAUGGUGAGGUUGUUAGGUGCUCAGGGGGAUCUAGAAGGUCAGAAUGAAACUGAGGUGUCAAAUGGUAACUUCCAGAAUGCUGGAGGUGGGCUGAAGGUGGAUGCGGCCAUUCAGUGUGACUUGAUGAGCUCCAGCAGCACACUCAUCGUGCUGGGAAAUCAGCAACAGUUCAUGGGACUUGCGUUGCCUCACUCUGGGGAAAUCCAAACGGUGUCUACCUCGCAUGAAUCUGAUUGUCAAAGCACCUCCAGUGAGUUUACCUGCAGACUUUUUACUAAUCGAGGGAAAAUAGCAGCAUUUUACAUUCCAGAAAAUUCAGAGGUGAUAGAUAUCACUACCGCUAUUCAAAAUGGUUGGAUCGACAGUCACACAGCAGAGGUUCUGAAAUCCAUAGAGAUCCCAGAUGUGCUGCCAGAUGUUGAUCACCUUAGUGAAAAGUUUUCAUCUUGGCUCACUUAUAAAAAGCUGGCAGUUGAUGGGUGGCCUCAUGAUGGUUCAGAAGUUAAUCUCCCCUCUCCCACGGAAGCAAAACAGUUAUUCAUCUCAUACUUAAUGAUGAACAGUUACAUUGAUCCAAAGUCAGAACAGAGGGUUUUGAUACUUGAUGAUCAGUUAAAUAAAAUGGCUCAUGCUUUUCUUGAAGACACGCUUUUUUAUCCGAACGAUGAUGAAGGUUUGACUGAUUUGACUUUGUUUGAUGCCAAAAAUCCUUUUGAAGACGCAGAUUCUGAGAUGUCGCUACACAUAAAUGAUGAAUCAGAGUUAAUAAAAAACACAGAGGACGUGUUUGAUCGUCAUGACUUUGUGUCCCAGACCGGCAGGAGAAUCACCUUUGAUGAAAACACACAACACACAUUUGAGCCCCAUAAUUUCGUUUCCUCUGGCAAUGGAAGAAUAACCUUUGAUGAAAAAUCUAAUAAAAAUGACAAAGCUUCAAAACACGAUCAUGCCAGGGACCUUUUAGUGAGUAGUGACAUUGAUUUUGACACCAGAGGUGUAGAGGUGGAAAACGUGUUUGAAAACGACACAUGGUGGACAAAGUCAGAUCAGUUUGAAGAAGGAAUUUCUGGAAAUACUUUAAAAAAGGAGGCCGGAGAUUAUGCCAGGGAAGAUCUUGAUAUUCCAGGUUCUCUACAUGUGUCAGUCCCUCACACAUUUUGCUCUGGGGAAAGCAGAAAUAUUAGCUCACCUUCAGUGAUGAUUGACUCUGAGUCCUCAUUUAUAUCUUGCCAUCAGGUGCUACCACACUAUAAGGCUAAGUGCUUUGAAACAACAAGUGUUCAUAUUGAACAACCUCUGUUUUUAAGCUCCGAGGACUCAGUGGAGGGUAGAAAUGAGCGGAAGAGUGCUAUUGAGCUUCUGAAAACCCAAAUGGAGGAAGAGGGCAUUUUGGACGUCACCUCUGGGAAAUGUUAUAACCUGCAGGAAGCUCUUAAUAAAGGAUUAGUGGAUGAUAAGAUGGUACUAGAGCUGCAUGACUCACAGUCAGAUGAAAAAACUCCUAUCCUAAUGGUUGAGACAGACAGAUUUUCUGGAUUAAAACCGGCAUUGUCAAGCAGAUGUCACACAGAGCAGAGCUUUUUGAGGUCUCAUUGCAGCAGGAGCACUGGUGAGGCACUCCCAUUUGAAUUAGUCAAGGAUUCAGAUUUGCAAGGCAACUUUUACCCAGAGGAAAACUGUGUUUACUCUCUUUCUAAAGAUCAAGAUCUGGGUUUAAUUCGUGCAGCUGAAAUUCACAAAGCUGAAAACACACAGCAGGUGAUUUCAAGGAAUGCUGCUGUCACGGUGCUUGAUUUAGCCAAAGAAGAGGCUAAUAACAAAGAAGGAGAGAGUGAAAAUAGAAAUCAAGAGUUGGCGUGUAAGGCAGUGGGGAGUGUAGAAACAAUGACUAAUAAAGUACAUCUUUCCCUUCCAUCAGAAAGUGGUAACAUGCCCCAGAUGAUCUCACCCUCUUUAUGGAAUCAGGUUACAGCAGAGCGUACCAAUCAUAUAAGAAAAUUGCCUUUAGGGGCUGAGGACAGUGAGUCAUACACCUUAAUGGAUAGCGAGCUGACAGGAAGAAUCUCCGGCAUCAAUACUGAUUCCAAAAGCCAGACUCAGUCUGCCACUUUUGCUUAUCACUCCGGUAAAUAUGACAGCACACCCAGUGAUGAUGAUGUUUUCAGUGAUGGAUAUGAUACCAGUGUAAGAAAUCAGACAUUCAUUCAGAGUGAAACCGGCACGUCAGUUUCAUUUUGCAGUGCUUUGUCUUUGGAAGCUAGAGUGGAAGAUGAAAGUGGGGUUCGGUCAACUUUGGGCAGUGAGCCAGCUCCGAGUGUGGAUUACACAUCGCUCGGGGAUUUGGUUGAGGGUGCAGUCAUUUCGGUUUCCAGGGGUAAUUGUAACUCUGUGAAAAACAGUGCAGAAGAUGUCAGAAUUGCAUUACGUCAGCAAGCAGAAAGUGAUUAUAGUGAUGAAUCUGAGCCCAGCAGCUGUCAGAGAGAUCAGAGCCUGAUUGCAGCUGUUUGUGAAAGACCUCCAGAACAGCAGAGCUCCUCUUCUGAAAUACCUGCUGUUUACAGCAGCAUAACAGCAACAAAUACCAUCAAUCACAGCAACUAUGAUAUUGAAGAUACAGUCCUGACUCCUAAAGAUUUCUUAGGGUUUACAGAUGGUGGAGCAGGUGAUUCUGAGAGGCCUUCCCUAGAGAAGCAAAAUGAUGACAUUCUCACUAUUGAUGGUGAACAGAUCUCCAUAGCUCUCCGUCAGCGAGAUCAGAGCCUGAUUGCAGCUGCUUGUGAAAGACCUCCACAACAGCAGAGCUCCUCGUCUGAGUUACCUGCUAUUUACAGCAGCAUAACAGCAACAAAUACCAUCAAUCACAGCAACAAUGAUAUUGAAGAUUUAGCCCUGACUCCUAAAGAUUUGUUAGGGUCGGUCCAUGGUGGUGCAGGUGAUGCUGAGAGGCUUUCCCAAAACAGGCAGAACAAUGACAUUCCCACUGUUAAUGCUGAACAGAUCUCUGUAACUCUCUGUCAGAGAGAUCGGAGCCUGAGUGCAGCUGUUUGUGAAGGACCACAACAGCAGAGUUCCUCUUCUGAGUUAUGUGCUGUUUACAGCAGCAUAACAGCAACAAAUGCCAUCAAUCACAGCAACAAUGACAUUGAAGAUUCAGCCCUGACUCCUAAAGAUUUGUUAAGGUUGCCCCAUGGAGGUGCAGGUGAUCCUGAGAGGCUUUUCCAAGAGAGGGAAAACAAUGAUAUUCUCACUGUUGAUGCUGAGCAAAUCCCUGUAUCUCUCUGUCAGAGAGAUCGGAGCCUGAGUGCAGGUGUUUGUGAAGGACCACAACAGCAGAGCUUCUCUUCUGAGUUACCUGCUGUUUACAGCAGCAUAACAGCAACAAAUACCAUCAAUCACACCAACAAUGAGACUGAAGAUUCAGCCCUGACUCCUAAAGAUUUGUUAGGGUCGGUCCAUGGUGAUUCAGAUGAUGCUGAGAGGCUUUCCCAAGAGAGGGAAAACAAUGAUAUUCUCACUGUUGAUGCUGAGCAGAUCCCUGUAUCUCUCUGUCAGAGAGAUUGGAACCUGAGUGCAGCUGUUUGUGAAAAACCUCCACAACAGCAGAGCUCCUAUUCUGAGAUAUCUUCUGUUAAUAGAGACAUAACAACAAGUACUAUCAACCAAAGCUGCUAUGAUAUUGAAGAUUCAGCCCUGACUCCUAAAGAUUUGUUCGGGUCAACACAUGGAGGGGGAGGUGAUGCUGAGAGGCUUUCCCCAGAGAAGCAAAAUGAUGACAUUUUUAAUAUUGAUGCUGAACAGAUUUCUGUACCUCUCUGCCAAAGGGGUGCACCUGUUUGUGAAAGACCUCCGGAAGAGCAGAGCUCCUCUUCUGAGAUACCUGCUGUUACAAAUACUGUCAAUCCCAGCAGCAAUGGUGUUGAAGAUUUAGUCAUGACUCCUAAAGACUCGUUAGAGUCGGCGCUUGGUGUUACAGGUGAUGCUGAGAGGCUUUUCCCAGAGAGGCAAAACAAGAGCAUUUUCGUUAUUGAUACUGAACAGAUCUCUGUAUCAAGAAUGGACACAGAUAAUCCUGAUAGUGAUAGAAAUGUCUCCUGUUUAAAUCCAUCGUUUCCCUUAUCAGACAUCAACUUUGGACAGCCUGGAAGUAGAAUAGGAGAAGAGUUGAGAUCUGAUCCUCAAGAAGAGGAUCAAAGUUUAGAAGCAUGUGUUUCUGUGGAUACUCACACAGUUACGGAUUUCCUAUCCGAGAGGAGCAUAAUACCUGUUGUUUCCUCUUCAGGCCCAUCAGUGUUUUCUAAUCCUGGAAACACAUAUGCAGAUAACCAGGGGGAAGAUAUUACACACAAUGAUAAGAGCAGUGGUUUGGAAAGGGCACAAGUUCAAGAUUCUCAAGAUGCCCUUGCUAUAGAUAAGAAUAAUGCACAAUCUUUACAUAAAAGUAUUUUCCACGAGUGUAGCACAUCUCAAGGACUCACAGAGAGCAGUCACCCAGAUCACCUCAUGAAUUUACUGAAGCAAAAUUCUCUCAGUUUAGACAGCGAGGACACGAGGAAAGCAAAACUGAUAUGCAAGGAUGAAAGAGGAGGUCAAGAGAUAGAGCAGUCUGAUGCUCCAAAUAUCCAGCUGCAGCUGCUGCAGGUUUUUAAGACUGUUUCCACAAGCCAAGACCUUUCAGUGCUUAAGGAAGUGAUGGAUACCCUCAGCAGCGCUCUGGGGUGUGAAUCACAGCAGGAACAGUGGCACACACUGGAGAGCAUCAAAGAGGAAAGUUCAGAGGGAGAGGAUGAGGAGUCAGGAGAGGAUGACGGUGCUCCAAAGAGUCACCAACCAUCUGUUGAGGCCUCUGCCAGCUCAUAUGGCUGCAAAGUUGAGGAGGUCAAAUAUAAGCUGUUCUCCAUCCACGAUUAUUUGGAGUGUGUUGGGAGACUGCAGGAUCACUCUGAUGUUUUAGAAGAUGCCAGAAAAGACCUCUCAAUCCCAUUACCCACAGACAACAACAUGGAAGAACUGCAGAACCAAAUAGAGGAAUGUCAGUCUCUGCAGUCUCAGCUUUCUAGUCUGGCUGAUGUUCUGACAGUCGAUAUGGAGAAAGCCAAACAACUCAUAAACUCUGCUGAUGAAGACGUUCCCCAGCAAAUCCACCACGACUUGGCCUCGAUAUAUCUGGAGUUAGAGCCAAAUUUUACUGCUGUGUCUCAGAUGUGUGCAGAAAAAAGCAACUCUCUGAUUCAAGCGAUGGAAACAGGGAAGGUACACUUGGAAUCAACAUAUCAGCAGCAUCUCAGUGAUCUCAAUACGCUGGCGGGGCUCAUUCAAACUAACUCUGAGAUGUUGGGUGUGGAUUUGAACACAUGUGAGCUGGACACUCUGAAACAUCUGAGCCAGCAGAAUAAGGACAUGGAGGACCAUCUGCAAAAAGAAGCCAGGCUCAAGUUAGAGGAUGUCACGUUUGAUAUCCAGUGCUUUAUUUCAGAGCACACUCAGUUCCUGAGUCCGGCUAAGAGUAGCUACCUCCUCAAGUUCCUCAGCACCACUCAGCGAGCAUUCAGAGACCAGAUAGAAAGGCUUGUAACACAGAAGAGUGCCUUAGAUGUCCUGGUUGACGACAGAGAGAGAGAAAACCUGGCAGAGGCUUCGAGACUCCGGCAAACCAUUAACAGUGGACAAAAUGCGCUAUCUUUGUUGGAAAAUGUCCUGAAAAACAAACAGACUAACACACAAUAUGAUGUCCUCCUGUGCUUUUUAGCACCAUGGCAACAAAUUGGCAAACAGCAUGUUUACAGCAAACUCGAUAUUUACACUGGUUUGAUUUAG